CUGCACCACUAACGUUACAGUUCCGGUUCCACCUCGCAGCAGCACUUCAGCUACAACGACGGCGGGAAGUUGUUAUCAUCAAUUUACUCUCAAAUCAGCAACAACUCAACGGACUGAAUUGUUAACGAUCGGCAUUUCACUAUCUAACAUUUAUGGGUCUGUAAUCGGAAGGACGCCAACUGCAAACAAAGCUUAGCGGCGUUGGAUUCAGCUAACAUGGCUAACGUCGGAAACCAGCUACCAACACAGGCCGUAAGCAAGCCUGCAUCAGGAAAACAUGGAAAUGUAUUGCCCCUGUGGGGCAACGAAAAGACUAUGAACCUCAACCCAAUGAUUCUCACAAAUGUGCUGUCUUCGCCGUAUUUCAAAGUUCAGCUUUAUGAACUAAAGACCUACCACGAAGUUGUGGACGAAAUCUACUUCAAGGUGACUCACGUUGAGCCUUGGGAAAAGGGAAGCAGAAAAACAGCGGGCCAGACUGGAAUGUGCGGAGGGGUUCGUGGAGUUGGGACUGGCGGUAUUGUGUCGACUGCUUUCUGUCUUCUAUACAAACUGUUCACUCUCAAGCUGACACGCAAACAGCUGAUGGGUCUGAUCACUCACACAGACUCUCCGUACAUUAGAGCACUCGGCUUCAUGUACAUAAGAUACACUCAGCCUCCAGCAGAUUUGAUAGAAUGGUACGACGGCUUCCUGGAUGAUGAGGAGGAGCUCGACGUGAAGGCAGGAGGCGGCUGUGUGAUGACCAUCGGAGAGAUGCUGCGCUCCUUCCUCACCAAACUGGAGUGGUUCUCCACUCUGUUCCCCCGUAUCCCAGUGCCUGUGCAGAAGAAUAUUGACCAGCAGAUGAAGGCCAGGCCUCGGAAGGUUGCUGUGAAGGAGACGCCGGAAGAGGAACCUGCGGUCGCAGAGGAAGGGAGGACACCCAGACGGACGCCGAGCCCCCGGAGGUCACCCAAACGGUCAAGGAGCAGGAGCCACCACCGCGAAAAGGAACGCCACGGCCCCAGCUUUGACCGAGAGCUGGAGAGGGAGCGUGACCGACAGAGGAAGGAGAGGGAGAGGGGGGACCGCGGGGACAGGGAUAGGGACAGAGGGGACCGCGGGGACAGGGAGAGACGGCGGUCCCGCAGCGCAGACAGGAACCACGAGCGGCGAGAGCGCAGGAAAAGUCGCAGCGCCAGUCGGGAACGAAAGAGCGAGCGUAGAGACAAAGAGAGGGACAGCGGGGAGGACAGGAGCAAGAGGAAGGACAGGGAGCACCACAAAGAUAGAGGCGCCGAGAGGGAGAAGUCCAGGGAUAAAAAGAACAGGGGAGAGACUGACGACAGGAGGCACAAAGACGACAGGGAGAGGCACAGAGAGGAGAGGAAGGCCAAACGGUCGAGCCGGAGUCGAAGCAAGGAGAGGAAGCACAAGAGCGGGGGAGAGGAGAAGAGCAGGAAGAGAGAGCGCAGCCACAGCAGGGAUAGAGAGCGGGAGAGAGACGGAGAGCAGCGCUCACACAAACGUAGUCGCAGCCGAGAGAGAAGCCACCAUCAGCGGGAGUCCAGUAACGAUCAUAGACAUAGUGAACGCAGAAGGAGUCAGAGCACUGAGUAAAUGUCGCCUCCAGCAAUAUUACUUCUACUCCUGUGUUUUUCUUCCUUUUCCCCACCAGAUGUCUGGUCUGUCACUCGUGCUAAAGAGAAGGAAUGUCAGCACAUCAGAUAUCUGGAGCUGUUGUGUAAUGUUGCUUUAUGUUGAUGUUUUCCUGCCUUUUUCCACUCUCCAUUGUUAGUCUUCACUUGAAAAUUUCAAAAGUGGUGAAAAUGGCAUUUUAAUUUUCUAUGGUUCGUUCUUUUUGCCCCCAGGUGAGGGCCUGUACAUAAUGUUCCGGAGGCUGUCUACACACGACAACUGGUAUGAGUUGCUCUGCUCAACACUAUCCUCAUGUAAUUUAUGUGAUUUAUAGAGAAUAAUUGUUAAAUCGCCCAGAACCUUUUUUUUUUUUUAAUUUUAAUUUGACUAAUACUACAUGUGUGGGAGUUCUUCGAAAGGUUCACAAGUGAACGGUUGAAGUUCUGAUUUCAGCGCAGCAGCGACGCCACAAAAGCGAUUCUGUCCACAGUCGUGUGUACACAGCCUGAGAAUGUUUUAAUCCUCAAAAUGGACGGUCUGCAAAGGGUAAUUUUUAUCACACACACUGAGCCCUGCUUGUGCUGUGUUUGGAUUACUGCUCUGUUGCAUUUUGUUUUCUAAUAAAACACUUUUACAAACGA